AUGGCUAAUGAAGUAAUAAAUAAGAUGAUAUUGCUGAGAAGGUAUUUAAUGGCAAAAACUUUAUAUAAAUUAAUAUUUAUCAUAUUAAAUGCUUAUAAAUUAAGCCAAAAAUAGAUUUAGCAUGCCAAAUAUUUUUUAAAAAAAUAAAAAAAUAUAUAUCGUCAACUGCAAACGAGCUUGAAAGGCAAUUUCAAAAUAUUGUGAAUAGUACAGAAGAGGAAGCAGAUAAUCAAUGAGCUGAAAGGCUUUUAGAAUCAAUGCGCAAUACAUUGAAUCCAGAAGGGCGCUUGGCUUUGCUAAAGAUCAUCCAUACGACCUUGUUGAUGAAAAGGACCGUAUUUAUCAAGUUCACCCAGCUAGGCGGAACGAAAUAUUUGGCUAAUUGGCUAAGAGAUCAUCAGAAGUCCACUGAGAAGAAUGAUAAAAAUAUAAUUGAAGGCAUUCUCUCAGUCCUAACCAAUUUUACCAUAACUAAUGACCACUUCUAUGAUAAUGAUCUAAUGAAAAUUGUCAAAUCUUUAGAAAAUUCCCAAGAUCUCAAUAUCCAAAUGCUUGGCAAAAAUUUAAGCAAAAAAUUUGGGAAUGGAUUCUUUAAUGACGUAUUCUUUAAUUAAUUAAUAUAAAUUAUGAGGAAAAAUGGGGAUUUAAUAGGGAAAAAUAAGGAAAAUGGUAUAGAAGAAGACGAAAAAAUAAUCAAAAGGUAAGAAAAAUGAAGACAAAAGAUCGACGAGAUAGGUUCGGAUACCUCGGAAUCAAGCUCUUCAAGCAAAAUAGUAAGGUAUAUAUAUAUUAAAGACAUAAACUCAUAGUUAAGAUGGGCUGAAGGUCUCGAGAGCGUGAAAUAUUUCUGGAAAUUCGACAACUUUAACACUUCUUGUGCAACUAAAAGACCUUUGCCAGACUUAAGAGGCCAAUAUAUGAACAAUACCGCAUUUAAAGAAAGCUAUAAUAAAGAAAUCCAAUUAGAAAAAUCAAUGAAUUCACAAGUAAUUUUUUAUUCUUUUUAUGAUAAUAUUAAUACAUAAAUAACAAAUAUUUAAAAACAGCAUAAUUAUAUAAAAACUGUAUAUAAAGAUCAAUCAAGAAAACCAAGCCGUACAAAGCGCUUUACAAAGCAUGGUGCCUUACGUGUUUUACUCACUUCCAUUAAGUAUUUUUUAUAUAGAAUAUUCAACUAUUUCUUCUAUAAAACCAAAAAUAAUAAAUUCCUCUGAAUUUCUUGAAGAAGACGCGAGAGAAAAAAAUUCAUUAAAAGCAAACUACCACACAACAAUAGACAUUCCUGACGCUCCUUUUGAAGAAUCAAAUAUUACAUGCACGGUCCCCGUCGAUGUUACAAAAAUCCCUGCUAAAAAAGCUACUCCGCAAAUUGACCAGAACCAAAAGCCUAAUGUAUCCAAUUAUAUUCCUGUACAAAUGCCGUCGGCUGGUAUGGAUUCAUCAAACCUUAGUAUAUUUUAUCGUAUAAAUUUAUCUAAAAAUAAAAUAAUAUAUAAAAAAUAUUAAAUAAAUAAAAAAAGUAUAAUUGAAAUGCAAAGCCAAUUCUCCCUAGCUAUUUUCCAAAGGCACUUAUAUCAGGAAAUAUAAAUAAACCUAUAAAUUAUCAAACUGAAGCCUGCAGAAAUUUCCACUCGCCUGCUGGGUGCGCACAUGGCGAUAAUUGUCACUUCAUUCACGACUGGACUUAUGAAGGAAGACCUAUUCCCAAUUUAGAAGAAUGGAGAAGAACCAACUCAAUCAGAUUGAAAAAUCUUGAAAAAAUGAGAGAAAUGCAGAUUGGGGCUGCAGCUUAUUAUCCGCCUGAAACGUGACAGGGGAGAUAA